AUGUUUGGAAUUGUGCCAAAGUUAUAGCAAUAUAUUUGUGCAUGGAAUUUCUGGCCUGCUUUUAUGAAGAAAUUCAUGAUGAGCGAAAAAGGUCCUUUCACAAUCUUUUUCUGGACUCCAUUAGCCAAAUGGGGAAUUUCUAUUGCCAAUAUUGGAGACAUGCGCAAGCCAGUUGAAUAAGUUAACACUCUGUAGCAAUGCGUAAUUACCUUGACUGGAUUAUUGUUUACAAGGUAUAGACUAUUAAGAAAUAUAUAUAAUAGAUGGUGCUUUAUUAUUAGACCAAGAGUUUAUAAUUUAGUUCUUUGUAAUUUUUGCAUGGCUUAAACAGGAAUAUAUCAGCUUUACAGAAAACAGUAAUUUAGUUAAUUAAUAGUAGUUCGCAAGGGAAACUUUUUACAAGAUGA